AUGCCACUGGAGCAGCGAAUAAUAUCUCCGGUGCACGUAUGCAGAGGUGCAAUUCCGACAGACGACCAUGGUCAGCCCCUUGCGCAGGUGGCCAACGAUCUCGAGUGCGUCACCAAUGGAACCUUAGCCAAUAUAAUUAGACAGUUGUCUAGUCUCUCGAAGCACGCCGAUGACCUUUUCGGAGCUUUGUUCAUUGAAGCGAGCGGAUUCGUCAACAGAACAAAUCAGCUACAGCAACGCGUAGAAAGAUUGGCAGUCCGCGUGACGAAGCUGGAUUCGACCGUGGAAGAGGUUUCCCUGCAGGAUAUCACACAAAGAAAAGCUUUCAAGUCAACUAUACAGUAUGACCAGCAGGUCGUUUCUCGAGAGUCAAUGCCGGCUGCGAUGAAGGAAAUGUACGAAACGUGCGAUCCACCACCCCCGUUGGACAACCUGAAUUGUUACAGAGACGAUGGCAAAGACGGACUCAAGUUCUAUACGGAUCCAACGUAUUUCUUCGAGCUGUGGCGACAGGAGAUGCUUCGGGACACUCAGAAAAUCAAGCAGGACAGAGUGGGCCGGAAGCUAAACACGUCGCAGGACCGGGAUGGACGGAAGAAGGACUCGAAAAAGAUGCGGCAGCCGUCCAGCACCCAAGAGAAGCUGCGCAUGAAAGCAGCGCAGAACGAAAUCCAUCUUCAUCAUACAGGACACGUGACCCAUCAUCAGUACCACCAUCAUCCGGAUCCGCACUUCCCAACGAACCUUCCUCCGCCAGUGGAGAUCUACGGAACUCCGAUCAUCAAUCCGCCGCCACCAGCGACGCCUUUGCCUCCGGCACCCCAGCAGGGCUAUCUUCCGUUGCCGCCCGCUCACAGUUCACCUCCGCAUCAGAAUCAACCGCCGCCGCCGCCGGCGUCGUUGACAUCCUCACCUCCUCAUCAUACAGCGAUUCCAAACGGCGUUCCGCCACCUCCUCCCCCGAACUAUUCGCCGUCGAGACCGAACAUCGCUCCACCUGCGCCCCCGGCAGCGGCGGCCACGCCUUCGACACCUACUCGUCGUCCUUCUUUGCCCCCGCCACCGCCGCCUGAGACAGAGGACUUGCCGCCACCCCCUCCUCCUACUCCUCCCCCGAUGCCUCCUCCCCCUCCUCCCAUGCCCUCGAUGAUGACGAAUGGAGACGUGGACGGUCCUCCUAAGCCUCCCGCGCCGCCGAUGAAUGGAGCGUUGCCACCUCCGCCUCCUCCAGCCGCUCCUCCGCUAUCUCUUGCCUUGGGAGGUGCAAGUCUAUCACAAAGCAUAAGCGAGGUUCGAUUGAAACCGGUUCCGGCGCAGAAGCUUUCGCCGGUGACGGACGCUCGCAGUGACUUGUUGGCCGCCAUCCGGGAAGGCAUCAAACUGCGAAGAGUCGAGGACAACAAAGCCAAGGAGGUUGAGAAAAAUGUACAGCCGUGCGACGUGGCCUCAAUCCUUGCACGUCGGGUCGCCAUCGAAUAUUCAGAUUCGGAAAGUGAGUCUGAAGAAGGUGACUCGGAGUGGGACAACGCCGAAACAGAUUGCUAGGCUCGUUUCCAUCAUUGAGAACAAUUUAAGUAAUUAUUGUAACCCUCCACAGCAUCGGUACGUUUACCGGUGCAUUGAGAAAUGUCGGAGGAGAGAAAUAAUGAUGAAGAUGAGAAUAAUAAUAAUGACGAUGCAGUUGUUGCUAAUUGUGACACCCCCUCCAAAAAUGACAACAUUUCAACUCCCAUCAAGUUGACCACUCACCUUUACACAUUCAACACAAACUCAUCUAUGUAAUUGUGCGAAACGGGAAGAAACAGUUCGCUCUCAGCAUAAGACGCCGCGGAUCGCGAUCAGUCGCUCCCGCGGCGACCUAAUAGGCUGAUCCACGGCCGGAUUUCCCAGAGACAGAUUGCUAUAUAUUGUGCGUCGACGAGAGGAAAAUAGUCUGCCGUUGGAAAGCGACACC